GCGAUGGAUUACGGAGGCCUGCUGCCGACGCGGGCGACGGAGGAGCUCGACCGGACGCCGGCAGCCGUCGCCGAGCGCGCGCAGCUCGCGAUCGCCGCGCCGGGCGUGCGCCCGUCCUUCCGCCGGGUCGGCCGCUCCAUGAACAUUGCACGGACCCUCGGCGAGCGCCAAGCUGGGCUCUCGCGCCGCCAAGCGUUUCCGAGCGAGACGAUCUGGGCCGAGAACGAGGCCUCGACCAAGCACGAGUGCGAGUACUUUGACAUGCCACCGACGACCAAGUCGGCCAUCUCGAUUGCAUUUAGCCCCGACGGGAAGACGUUUGCGUCGACCCACGGCGACCACACGGUCAAGAUCAUUUGCUACCGCACGGGCAAAAUCCUGCAGACGCUCGUGGGCCACCCGCGCACGCCGUGGAGCGUCAAGUACCACCCGACCAACCCGCGCUACGUCGCGUCUGGCUGCCUUGGCUUCCAGAUCCGGUUCUGGGACGUGUACUCGGGCCAGUGCCUCUACGAAGCGACGCUACGCCACGCGAUCAUCUCGGUCUCGUUUCACCCGUCGGGCAACAUUAUCGGCAUCGCCAGCGGCACCUGCGUCUACACGUGGGACUACCAACACUCGCUGCCGCGGAUAGCCAUGUUUAGCUAUCAAACGCUGCGGUCUGUCUCGUUCCUUCCGGACGCCAACAAGCUUUUGAUUGGCGAAGCCAACGAAAAAUAUGGGCGGCCGCUGGGAGCUGUGCCCGCCGACCUGACCGUGACGCUGACCAUGUGGGACUACGACCCGAUGUGGUCGACGUCGGUCGAACCGAUGGCGACACGCGCCAUGUACAACCCACGGGUCUUGCUCUCCCACGCGCUCUUGUACAACGACGGCGGCUUUGACAUCUCCAAGUGCGGUCAGUACCUCGCCGUCUGCACCGACUACUCGCUCUGGCAAGCCGAGCGCGAGGCUGAAAUGGACUCGCAGCACGACGUCGACGAGAUCCAGCAGCGCGCGGCCGCCGUCCCGGCAUCGGAGUCGUCGCCGCAGCCCCAUAUUCUUGAAAACAUGGCCUCCGAGAUACUCUCGCUGUCGCAGCUGCGCCAUCAGUCGCACCGGUUCUACGUGGUGCAGUCGUCCUCGACGGACCAGUCUUUGCAAGGCCACUUGCGCCGCCGACCGGGCACCCCCGAACAGUACACCACGCGCCGACUGCGGCAGCGUACCGAUUCCCAGCACGCUCUCCGACUGAGCUUGGAGACACCGUCCACCACCACGAAUGACGACGCCGCGUCGACAGCCGUACCGUGCCGCGUGGCCCAGAUCCGACCGCACAUUGCAUCGAGCCGCACGCGGCUCUCCAUGACGCAGCGCGCCCAGCGGGGGCAAUUAGCGCCGCAUUACCAGUCGACAUGGCUUGCGCUCAUCUCUCUCAGUGACGAGACCUUUGGGAACGUGAUGCAGACGACGCUGCUGGCCGAGACGGCGGCGGGCGGCGUGACGUCGGUCAAGUUUAGUCCCACGGGUGCGUACGUGCUCCUCGGCUACGGCGUGCGCGAUCGCAUCCAGCGCAUCAAUCAGUUUCCGCUGCACCGCGUGACGCGGAUCUACCGCUGGGAAGACAUGACGCUCGUGUCCCACAUGGAGUCGGAGGUGGACGAUGUCAACAUUGCGCUCUUCCACCCGCUGCCGGGCCACGGGUUCAUUUACGGCACCAAGCAAGGCCGCCUCCGCGUCUGUUAUGGCUACCGAGGCCACUUUAGCGACGUCCAGAACGACAAUGCGCUCCGAGAGACGCUGGACCUCCACGCCCUCUUUGCCCAUCGCGGCGCCGACUUUGCGAUGCCGCAACACGAAGCGUAAUUAGCCUUGUAAAAAUGGAGUGGACGGACG